GUGAAAGUGUGCUGACACUCAAGGGUCUGACUCCCACAGGAAUGUUGCCUAGUGGAGUGUUGGCUGGAGGACGGCAGACCCUGCAAAGUGUCCCCAGGUAGCAGUGGACAGGCCAUGGCUCCACGGCCCCGGCGACGAAGGCACAAGAAAUCUUCCUCAUCAGUGGCUCCCACAGCUGUGACCCAGCCUACAGCUGUGACCCCUCCCACAGCUGUGACCCAGCCUACAGCUGUGACCCCUGUGCCUCUGACCCUCUCAAAACCUGGCCCCAGCAUUGAUGCACUUGGCUUCUACUCCUUGGACAAUAAUGUUCCUGGCCUAUCCCAGCUGAUUCUUCAGAAGCUGAACAUGAAAAGCUAUGAAGAAUACAAGUUGGUGAUAGAUGGGGAUACUCCUGUGUCAGGCUUUGGAUUUCGAUGCCCUCGAGAAAUGUUCCAGAAGAUGGAGGACACAUUCCGAUUCUGUGCUCACUGUAGAGCACUCCCCAAUGGCCUUUCGGACUCCAAGGUCCUCCGGCGCUGCAAGAGGUGCAGAAAUGUCUAUUACUGUGGUCCAGAGUGCCAGAGGUCAGAUUGGCCCGCCCACAGGAGGGUUUGUCAAGAGCUGCGUCUUGUAGCUGUGGACCGUCUCAUGGAAUGGCUUCUGGUCACAGGAGAUUUUGUCCUACCCGCAGGACCGUGGCCAUGGCUUCCGGAAGUCGUAGAGGGCUGGGACACCUGGUUUUCAAUGCGGCGCCUACAGCUAGAUGCUAUACUGGCUGCUGUGCUAGGUAGUCAUGCCAUGACCACCCUGUGGGCCAGUGCAGGGAGGCCAAGGCCAGACCCAGAUGUCCUGCAGGACUCUUUGAAGCGACUCCUGACAGAUGUCCUGUCACGGCCUUUGACCCUGGGCUUGGGGCUUCGGGCCUUGGGGAUAAAUGUGAAGAAGACUGGAGGGAGCACAGUGCAUGUAGUUGGUGCUUCCCACGUGGAGACAUUUCUCACGCGCCCCGGGGACUAUGAUGAGCUUGGUUACAUGUUUCCUGGACACCUUGGCCUCCGUAUAAUAAUGGUGGGUGUAGACGUUGCUACUGGCUUUUCACAGAGCACCUCAACUUCACCUGUGGAACCUGGCACGGUUCAGCUUAGUGGCCAUAGGGGCCUCUACCAUAACUUCUGGGAGGAGCAGGUAGAGACUGGGCAGACAGCCCAUCCAGAUUUGGUGGUGGCAUUCCAUCCAGGUUUUCACGCUUCCCCGGACUUGAUGGAGGCUUGGCUGCCCACCCUUCUGCUACUUCGAGAUUAUGAAAUCCCUACAUUGAUGACUGUUUACAGCCAUCAGGAGCUGGCAGCCUCUCUGCAGAUUCUGGUGGACCUGGAUGCACACAUCAUUGCCUAUGGAGCCAACCCGUUCUCGUCCCUCAAACCUGAACAGGUCUAUUCCAACCCCAACAAGCAGCCAGUUUACGGCAGCGCCUACUAUAUCACGUUUCUCGGGAGCUCCUGCCAGCUGGACAAGAGGCAGUUGGAAGAGAAAGUAGAUGGUGGGGAUUAAAUAGCUGAGCCAGAUUCUCACUGGAUACCUAGGAAAGGGGGGGCUGAUAAAAUUACCCUGCUGAUGCCGGUUUAUUGCCAACUUUGAAACUUCAUUGUCCAGGUAAAGCUUCUAAGCAGCAUGGGAACUCCUAUAUGAUGUGACUCAUUUCUGAGAGGUUAGCCACAGGCAGCUUCUAGAGUCGGGAUUCUAGAUUUGGUGUGCGGCAAGAGGCCUCAGUGACACCAGAUGGCACCAAGGAGAAGCAUGGCACCUUAUUUUGAAAGACUUCUUGUCCAGCAAUUUGGUCUAAAAAAUGGAGAGGUGUUAAUGACUUGAGGUGGUGCAAGAAGGAGCAAGUCAGAGAAGUGGUGGGGUACCUGGGAAUGUUGUGAGGAUUGGCACACUGUUGUAUUUCUUGGCAUUUUCAAGAUAAGUAUCUCAUGUUUGUAUUUUCUGUUGAGGACUUUCAACCCUAGAGCAAGCAGCAUUUUGCCCUGGCAUUAUAUUUUAGAUAUUCCAGUUAUAUCAGACUUUACUUAAAUAUACUCGAGUGAUUUGUUAUCAUCUGAUCUAUACCACAAUAAACUCAGUUUGGGGCUUCUUAA